AUUUCAUCUCUUCUUCAGCUCAUAGUAAUGAAAGAAUAAAACAAAUUAUUCUAACAAAUUCCAGUUUUGUAAUGUUAGUUGGUUCUUGUUGCACAUGGUUUACUGUUAGUUUGCUAUAGUUUAUUAGUUGAAAGUUGAAACACAUUCUUAAUUUACUCGACAUAACAUGUUAGCCGUUGAAUUUCUUGUUCAUUUCCAAUCUAAUUGUUACUGAUACUUAACAAAUUAGUAUUUAAAAAGCUUUGAGUAUUUUGACCCAUGCAUAUGGAUAUUAAGUAUUUUGAAGCACACAUAUGGAUAUUGUUAUAUGCUUGAUUUUGUUACAAUAAAAUCGCCAGCUUCUUCUAUUCGAUUUGAUUUUCCAGCAACGGAACCGCUUAUACAAGGUAGGGAUAUUAUGGCUGUACGCUCUGACUCAGGUUCGCAGGAGAAGAAAUAAGGCAAUGGAUUGAAUGAGUUACUGAUUUGUAUUGCCGAGAACAUGCAGAACAACAUAAAGAUUAUCUAUUACAGGAAACUUGCUGACAAGGUUGCAGCUGCUGACUAUUAUGUGAAUCUGAAAAAUAACUUGCAACAUUUUUAGUGACAAAUAGGUACUAUGUAAGUCUUAAGAAGAAGGUGUAUUAAUGACUAGUCAAACCAUCUUGUGGUUAUUAUUGACGGAUGGAACAUUAAUAUGGCAUUUGCAGUUUGUGGGACUACACAAACAUUGUCAUGAAUUAUCCAAUGAGGUAGAUGGAAGUAAAAGUUUUGUCUGGCUUCAAUACUUCGAUGUUGUUAUCACUGGCAGUGCAAAGCCAGGAUUUUUUCAUGAGAAAAAUCACGCCAACCUAUUUGGGGUUGUUCCUGAGACUGAAAUGCUUCUCAAUACAGAUAAUGGCUCUCCUAUGUCUCAGGCUGGAGGACCAUGCUUGUAAUACCAAAGCUUGAGAAGGAGGUUCAACUUCUGUGGGAGUCAAGAGAUACCCGCAAGGAACUUCAAUUCCUGAGGAGCUAGCGUGAUCGCAUUGAAGAUGAGAUACAUCAUUUGAAGUGGUCUCUCAAAGCCUAUCUUGAGUGAAAAUCUACUUCUUGGCUUUGAUUCAAGAUUCAAGUUCAUGCUGCAACAGUGAAACUGAGAAGGAAAAUGGCCAUCUGAACCAGCAAAAGAUUUCCGCAGCGUCAUCGUGUGCUUACACUCGCAGGAACAAGAAAACUAACUUUUUUCUUUUCUGCCCUCUGCUCGAAGACUCUAUGUAAAAGAAAAUAAAUUAGACAUGGAGAAAGAAGAUGAGAAUAAUGUUUCUGUGGAGCCUCACGCUAUUCAGAUAUCCGGGUCAAAUGAUGAACAAGUCAAACCUGAUGAUUAUGAUAAUGAUAAUGACAAUGAUACAACAGCAGUACAAGUACCGCAAACCAAGACAAGUUUGGUGGUAAAAGAAGUGAAGAAGCAACUAUGGCUGGCAGGGCCUUUGAUAUUAGUGUCUCUUCUCAAUUUUGCAAUCCAGCUUAUAUCUAUAAUGUUUGUGGGUCAUCUCGGCGAGUUGGCUCUUUCCGGCGUUUCCAUGGCCACAUCCUUUUCUUCUGUCACUGGCAUUGCCUUAAUGAUGGGAAUGGCAAGUGCCUUAGAUACAUUUUGUGGCCAAUCAUAUGGAGCAGGGCAGCAUCGCAUGUUAGGCGUACACGCACAAAGAGCCAUGCUUGUUCUUAUGAUCGUAUGCGUACCCGUUUCUAUUAUUUGGGCAAACACAAAAUCCAUUUUGAUUUUAUUUGGCCAAGAUCAUGAAAUCUCUGCAGAAGCGGGAAGAUUUGCUCAGUUAAUUAUUCCAUGUCUUUUCGCCUUUGGUCUUCUUCAGUGUCAGACUAGAUUUUUACAGACACAGAACAUUGUAAUUCCGAUGAUGUUCAGUUCUGGGGCAACUACUGUACUACAUGUUGUUUUGUGUUGGGUGUUGGUGUUCAAAUCUGGAUUAGGGAGCAGAGGAGCUGCCAUAUCAAAUUGUGUAGCUUAUUGGGUGAAUGUAUUGAUACUCGCUCUCUAUAUCAAGUUUUCUCCUUCAUGUUCACAAACUUGGACUGGCUUUUCAACGGAGGCAUUCCAUGGCAUCCGUUCUUUCUUGAGACUUGCCAUUCCUUCUGCUGUUAUGGUUUGCUUAGAACUGUGGUCAUUUGAAUUGAUGGUUCUCCUGUCCGGUCGUCUUCCAAAUCCAAAGUUGCAAACAUCAGUGCUUUCUAUUUGUUUGAAUACAGAAUCAACUCUUUGGAUGGUCCCUUUUGGAUUAAGUGGAGCUAUAAGCACUCGUGUAUCUAAUGAACUUGGAGCUGGUAAUCCUUGGGCUGCACGCUUAGCAGUUCGUGUAGUGUUAGUAAUGGCCAUUAUUGAGGGUACCCUGGUUGCAACCGUCAUGAUAAGUAUACGCAAUAUUUGGGGCUACGUUUAUAGUAACGACGUACAAGUGGUUCGACACGUGGCACUCAUGCUGCCAAUCCUCGCAGCAUCCAUUUUCUUGGACGGACUCCAGUGUGUUCUUUCAGGCAUUGUUAGAGGAUGCGGUUGGCAGAAAAUUGGUGCCUUUAUUAAUUUAGGGUCUUAUUAUUUAGUUGGGGUUCCGUCCGCUAUUGUGUUAGCUUUUGUUUUGCAUACUGGAGCAAAGGGACUGUGGCUUGGAAUCAUAGUUGCCCUUAUUCUUCAAGCACUUGGUCUGGUCAUCAUAACUGCACGUACUGAUUGGGAGCGAGAGGCAGAGGAAGCUACUAAAAGAGUCAAUGAUUCAAUAACACCAGACGUCUCUUGAACCUACCUCAUGUCAUAUUCUAAAUUAAUGUAUACACCAAGGAUAGCUUACAACAGUGAAAUGAAGUUUUACUAUACUGAUACUAUGUGUUUUUUAGCAAUUAAACAUAAAGCAAAUAUAAGUGAUGUCUCAUUAGCAUUUAAAGGUCUGUAUGAUUGUAUUCCAUUUUUGUUUUCAUCAUUGUUAAAAUGUUCUACGAUAGGAAUUCUUAAUUUUGUUAAACUUUUCAUAUUUAUUCGAUCGAAAAUCUCAACAUAAUACAAAAUUAAAGAACGAUCCAUAAUGUGCUCUGUGUAAUGUGUAUUGUUGACCGAAUCUUGUACUCGAAGUCUGAUUAUG